AGAGGAUGAAGCAGAAGAAGCCCAAGAGCAGCUCGGCCCGAACCGGGCUUGGACGCAAACGGAAGGACCUCAGUGAUGUCUCCCCCUCCACCAGCUUGCCACCUCUGGUAGAAGGCCAGCUGCGCUGCUUUCUGAAAUUAACUGUUAGCAAAAUCAUGUGGACGGUGAGCAAACCUCCAACUUCCUUCGUUGUCCGAGUGAGGUGGUGGGGAGAAACCUCAGAUGGCACCAUCUUCAUCCCCCAAGGCGCUUCACAGAUUGAACAGAAAACAUUUAAAACCACUACCCGCUAUCCAAUUCGGUGUGGCCCAAAACAGUUUACCUCCUACUUGACAGAUAUGGGUGCUCUUGUACUGGAAGUAAUGACCAGACCAGACCACCUUCCCAUCGGGCGCGUUCAGAUCUGUGGGCUUUCGAAGCUCUCUCCAAGCCACCCCAUCAGUGGAUUUUUCACCAUUGUUUCACCAACAUCUGAGAAGAUGGGAGAGCUUCAGGUGUCGCUUGUUUUGGAACCUCUGUCUGAAACCUACGACAGCAGCAGCUCCGUUCCAAACACGGACGUGAGCUUCAGUGUUAGCUUGCCAGCUCAGGGAACCAAAGAGGCAACUGAUCCCAGCCGCUUCCUUGCCCCGUCUCAGCUGUACAGACCUCCCAGCAUCAUCGGAAGCGAAUCCAUCAGUAGCAGCAGGGCUCCUACACCAAGGGGGAAGGAUCACUUGUAUUUUCCAGAGAACUCGGAGCACAUCAGAGAGGGCUUCAUUCUAGGGCAGGAGGAUUCCUUGAGCGUGACUGCUCCUAAACACAAAGUCCUGUUUUCCAGCAGCUCUGAUCACGAGGCUCAAGUUAGACAAGGCAGCAGAAGCCCAAAUCCUGUCCAUGUUCUCUCUUGGCAGAACUCAGCCUCAAAAGACCUCCUUUCAGCCCUGUUAGAUCGAGGCAAAAAACUUCGAAACGCCAUGGUUGCAUCCGCUAUGAAAUCCAGUCCGGACACUGUUACAGAAUCGUAUGAAACUCAUCCUUCCCUGAAUCUUGAAGAUCCAAGAGCGGCAGGAAAGAAUCUGGAAAACCUGAAUUCUGUCCUUGUCUCUACCGGUGAGGAUCCUCUUCAGCCUCUACCUGACAACUCGGAAUUUGAUUUGCAUGCUGAAAACAGAGCAAUCCAGCUCCUGUUGGGCAGCUCUGACGAUCUCCCCAUGGGUCUUUUGGAUGGUUCAGUCUCCCCUCCGGGAUCCGUCUCCCUUGGGAGCGAGGUGUAUGCCAGUGACCUGAACGAUCCCCACUAUGACCAGAGCCUGUUAGAGAACCUGUUCUACAAAGCUCAGAAGUCUGAUAGCAGCUUAAGCGACUUCCUCAGCGAUGAGGAGGGUCCCGUCGCUUGCAAACAACGCCAAAAACGCCAGACAUCAGAGAUCACGCCAGAGUCUGCUUCUGCAGAGCAGAGAGGGAAGGCCGCGGAGGCAAAAGCCAGCAGUUCUCCUGGAAGGCCUUUCCCUCUCCACGAAACAGCCACAGAACCCGCAGGAGACGAAAUGGGUGCCGUCAACUUGAAUCUCGACAGGUUGGCGAUGCUGGGUCGGAUCCAUUUAGCCAGAGUGGUGAUUGACAGCUUGAGGGUCCCACUGGAAGGCAGCACUCAGAACACCCCAGGCAGAAAGAGCUCUGUGGGAAAACCACCCAAGCCAACAAUGGCUCAAAAAAGGACGUUCUUUGUCGAGUAUCACUUUCCAGUGAAAGCUACGAAGAAUGGAAUAGGGCAGGUCGCCAUAACAACAGAGAUCAUUCGGGUAGCUUCAAGUAAAAUCUCAAAUGAAGUGGUGAAAUUCCAGCAGCGGUAUGUGUUUCCUGUUCAUUUCAGUGGAAUGAUGAUAACCCAUUGGUGGAACUCAGACCUUGCAUUCAAUAUCUACUUGAAAAAAGGCGCACAAAGAAAGCCGUUGCUGAUUGGCUCUGCUGUUCUUCCUCUGCGAGGUGUAAUUCAAUCAGAGCAACUAACCGUCAGUCGUGAGUUACCUGUGGAAGAAGAAGGUGGUUCAGCUCAGCUGGGACCUUUAAAGGUAUCGUUGGAGCUUGCUGCUGAUAACAAAGACUUCUCCAGCGCCACUGCAAGGGCAGCAAACGUGUCAUCACAAGCCCCGGUUUACUCUGUCAGAAGCCCUGGGGUAAAGUUGCAAGACGCCCCUGGGGACAUCACGCCUGCCAAAAGCCCUCGGCUCUCAAAGACCCAAGAGCCUUUGCCCACAGCUUCCACAAAACUUGGUGUGCGUGCGAAUCAGGCGCCGGCGUCUGUGUCCCGUAGCCUGUUGACCCAGACGAGUGCGUCGGAAGAAGAGGGUUUGCUGCUGCAUGUCCUUCUGAUGGUGCCAGAGGGAAAGGACUUUGUUCCCAGAGAUGCUGGACCCCAUGGCUCUUGUAACAUAUAUUUAAACUGCAAACUCUUCAGCACAGACACAGUGACAAGAUCGGCCGUCAUGUGGGGCACGAGACAGCCUGCCUUCCGUUUUUCUCAGGUAACACCUAUUUCCCUGACUUCGAAGCACCUGGAGAGGCUGAAGAACAACGUCAUGGUCAUAGAGGCCUGGAAUAAGAGGCCCAGUCCUGGAGGGGACCAGCUCCUAGGGCUGGUGAAGCUUCCACUGCAUCAGUUCUACAUGUCAUUCAAAGACCCCAAGAUCUCCGCCCUGCUGCUUCAGGCUCAGUAUCCAGUGGUGGCUGUGGACGGCCCUUUGCCUGUGGUUGAUGUCUUCACCGGCAGCAGAAAUGGGAGCCUGAAGGUCAUUCUGGCCAUGGGCUCAGCGGACCAAAUUGUGGCUCUGCAGAGGCUGAAGAAUGAAGAAGGGGCCGUGCCUCCCAGCAUGCCACGCUCCGCACAUUCCCUGGACCCCCCGGAAAUGCCUCUUCCAAAGCAGUCUGAGAGAGAAGGACUCAUGGAACACGUCUUUGAGGUCCACAUUGAGAGCGUGAAAGGGCUCACACCCCUCCAGUCCACAGUCUGGGGAGAGGCCGACUGUUACGUCCAGUAUCAUUUCCCAGUUCAGGAGUCCGAGACCAGCGUGCUGCGUGGGACAGAAGCGUACGAGAGCAGUGUCCGGCUGAAGCCCUUCCGCUCAGCCACGACCCUCUGCGUCCCUGACCCCACCUUCAACGAUGAGCGGCAUCACUCGUUGCUGGUCCCUGCUGACGUGCCUGUCCAGAGGCUCCUUCUCAGUGCUGUCUCUGAGCAGGGGUUAGCUGGAGGGGGAGGAAUCCAGUUUGAAAUCUGGUGCAGGUAUUACUACCCUAAUGUCCGGGACCAGAUGGUCGCCAGAGGAACCUUGUCGCUGGCCCGGCUGUGUGCCAUGGUGACCAUGCAGCGCCGAGAAGAAGUGGGGAUCCAGACCUUUAGUCUGCCCCUGAUCUCCAGGACUGAGGGCUCCGGAGAACCCCGAUCCUCAGGUUUGCUGGAUGUGAGCAUCAAGUACAGGUGCUCCCUCAAAGCGGCCGAAGGAGUCCUCGCAGCUCAAGUUGUUUCCAUUUCCAUUCAAAUACACCGAGCGGCUGGUUUGCAAGCAGCUGCCAGGGCACUGGCCGAAAAGAACCCUUCAGUGCAAUACAGUGCAGAAGUUGGAGUAAAUGCCUACGUGAUGGUGCACUUUCCUUUCCUCCCUGAUGGCGAGAGGCGCAGCACACGAACCGUGGCACGCACUUUCUGCCCGGAGUUUGAGCACCAUGCCGAGUUCACGUGCAGCCUCGUGAUCCAGAGAAGCAGCGGCGAAACGUGUUGUCUGGGGGAGCUCUUGCAGUUUUCAGAGGCCAUCUUCUCCAUUUUCCACCAAAACUUGAAUUCAGGUAUGCAACGGGAAGGCACACAAGCUUCAAAAGAUUACUUGCUGGGAACGAUCAAAAUGCCUACCAGAGAACUGUUGAUCAGAAGAUCGGGUAUUAGAGGCUGGUACCCGAUAACUCUACCGGAUGAUUUGGUCCCUUCUCAUUGUGCCAAUGUCGUGCAAACCAUCGUUGGAGGCCUGGAGCUUUCUGUGACCUUUGCUCGCCCUGGGGACCGAGAGCGCGUCCUGGAGGCUGCUGCCCUUUUGGGCUGGAACUGGGAGGAGACCCUUGGGGAAAGCCCACAGGACAACAGCGACAGUGAAUCUCCUCUUCCUCUAAAUCCUGCCACAGUGACCGUUUCGAUCCCUAGACUGUGGUUACCCGUGCACUGCGCAUUACUUGCAGGACAGACGCAUGUCAACAAAGGCACCUAUUUCUACCUUCGCUAUAAGCUGUAUGAUCAAGAAGCCACAUGGACGUCCCCCAGAAGGCCGAGGUUAGCUGAAGACCAGAAACACGUGACUGUGGCUUUUAACAAGAGCAGACAAGCGGACCUUCCAAGGAGCCAAGCUCUGUUGUGGUACUUCCGGGAGGAGAGACUGGAGUUCCAGGUGUGGCGAGCUUAUGGGAACGAAAGGCCCAUGGAAAGACCGCUGGAUACAGAUCGUUUGAUUGGGUCGGCAUACGUGGAUCUCUCAGCGCUUGGGGAAGAUUCAAGAAAAACAAGAACAGUCAGUGGUGUCUACCCUUUGUUCCGACGCAGUGCUUCAAACCUGUCGGGAGCCGCCGUGCGAAUUCACAUUGCACUUUCUUCCACCCCCCACCGCAGCCUCGAACCUGCCGAACAUGAUGGCAGUAGCAGCAGCGAGUGUGGAGAAGAAAGGAAGGAGCCGGUGGUGGUCCAGCAAGACCUGGAAUCUCAGAGCCACAAGCCGGACUCCUCGGUCGUGGGAUCUCUCCCUGAGAAACCCCCAGAGGAGUCUCCCCCCGCGGUGGAUCCCCAGAAGACAUUUGCUGUUAGUAUCCUUGUGGAAAGAGCCAUGCACUUAAGCUUGAAAGGAAGCCCCCUCACCGAACGUGGAGUGACGGCCCCCAGCAGCUGCGUGUCAUUCGUUACCGCCAACACCGACAGCCCUAUUUCGACAGAGAUCGUUGAAAAAACAGACUCGCCCGUUUGGGAUUUUCAGCUGCAGACCAGGCUCUCCAACGAACUUCUGUUGGAUCCCCAGCAAACUCUGGUCUUCAAAGUAUGGCAUAAAGCAGACGCCGAACGAGUGAUAGGCUUUGCAUCUGUCGAUCUCUCCCCACUCCUCUCGGGCUUCCAGUUAGUCUGUGGCUGGUACAACAUCACGGACUUCAGCGGGCAGUGCCAAGGGCAAAUCAAAGUAGCCAUUUCGCCCCUCGAAAAUAUCAUUCAUCUCAAAGAAGAGAGGCAGGCCAGAAGCAGGACAAAGCCCCCAGGAUCAGCAAUUCCAGCCACAAGCCCUUUUGCGUUCCAGGCGAGAGGCUUGUGUGCAGCAUUCUCCACCUUUUCCACAAGAGGCGCCGAAGAACUCUUUAACCCUUCAUCGAAUGGCACUGUGGACACUGAACAUGAGAGAUCUGGAUCUCCUGCUUUCUCCAUGCCUCGUCACGAAGAACACGUGCAAAACAUCCGCAGAUUCCACGAGUCUUUGCAGCAAGCGGAAGGGAAUGCGCACCGAGCCGGAAGGCUGGAUUCCCUGUCCCAGGCUUCGCGCACUUCGCUUCUCCGGGCUCUCAGAAAAAACCUGAAUGAGCUGGAUGAGAUCAAGAGGUACUUCAAUCAAAAGCUAACCAGGUCGUUCCCUGACACGGGCGCUCCAGAUAGAAAUACGGGUGCUCUCGGUGCCAGACGCCCAAGUCCGGCCUCCAGAACGGUCGAUUCUGAAGGGCGCCAUCUGUUGGAGAAGUCCAACCAUCUGCUGUCUCAAGUCAGCAACUUGAUUAAUGGCCUGCAGAAUAUAACAGAAAAUGCCACGGAGCCAUCAAAUGCUUGCGAAGGGCUCUUUUCGCGUUUGGAUGCCCCUCUAGAUCAGAGGGAGGGGGCAGCCAGGACUGCUGACGGGCCAGAAGACCUCCUGAGGAACGAAGCCUCAAGUGGUGGUGUAGAUGAAGAGGCUGCCUUCCCCCUGGAAGAGGCCUCCUGUGGAGGGGGCAUGCUGUAUGAAUUCCUUGGUCAAGCCGGCUCCCAAAGCACCCCUUCGGAAGGAGCUGCCGAGUCCCACAGUGAGGAUGACUACGAAGAGGACAUCGUAGAGCCAAGAACGCUCAACGAAAUCACCACCGUGACAGACAAAACCAGCCCCUGGUCCAGCUUUGUCUCUGAGGAACCUGACCAAGAAGCAAUAAAAGUAAGGGAAACCCGCUGGCCACCUGGCUCUGAAGAACUCACGGGGGAGAGAGCCGGAAGUAGUUCCUUGUCCAGUGUAACCCAGGAGGACCCCCUGAGCGUACCCAGCACCGUUAGAUCCAGCACGAGCCCGUCCCGAGAAGAAGCGGGUGGCGAAUAUGGGGGGAGGCAAGCCCUUGAAGGCAGCCCCGAAGAACCGUGCCAGUCUGCCCAGGCCAUAAACAGAGAUUACCCAAAUGACAGGUGUGCAGAAGAAGAUGACACUGGUCCGAAAAGAGCCCUGGAAAUCCAGACCAAAGAGGCAGAGGUAGAACCAGGUGCUUUCUUGGGUGGUGGAGACGUUGCUACCAGUUAUGCUGUUCCCAAGGCAGAAGAGGGAAACGGGGCUUCACAUCCUGACCCCCAAGAUGCGGAAGGAGCUGAUUCCAGUGAGGAGGAGCUCCGGUGUUCUCCUGGGCUGUCAGAACCUGCACAGCAGCCAGGCAGUUGCUCUGACGAGGGUGACCAAGACCCACCUGAGGACUCAGGUGAGCCUCUACAGCCCAGGGCAGUGCUAUCCGACCCGGUUGUGGUCCCCAACUUCUUCCUUCCACCACAACAUCUGGAAGCCUCCCUGAGACUACUCAGUGUUUCUGCGGCUCCGCUGACCACCGCUGCGAAAACUGGACGCGGCACCACUGCGGGGGAAGUUCUUUGCCGAAAGCCGAGCCGUCGCAAACCAAGCUUGGCGCCAGCUGACUUGCCAGAAGAAGAAACAAAAAGAAUUGCGAGAAUAUUUUCUGCGCAGUUCUCCAAACGGUAGCAGAGACACUGAGCACGGAGGAGCAGCGAGAUUGGCUCGGAUUCUGAACUGUCCAGCAGGGAGGGCAGGCGGGCCAUGCUCUGAGAACUGCCUUCUCAGAGGUGUGUGUGGGAAAGCAGGAGUCUUCACAUCGGCAGCCCCGUGGCAAAACGAAUGGAGGAAGUGGAAAUCCUGCAGCUGAUUGGGAAAAAGCUGUAAAUGUUGUGCCCUGAGUAUCCAGCCCGUCCUGUGUUCCUGAUCCACGGGGCAUGGCCACCCAUCCCUCUGUAAGGCCGUGCAGAAUGAUUCAAAGGAGCAGGGCCAUUCAAUUACUGGAAAGGGUGGUAACCAGACAGCCUUGUGUCAUGCUCAGUCUGAAGUUCUUUCCACCAGUCGUGCCGGAGCCCUGUGCCUCAUUGUUUGUGUUUAGCUGCUCCCCGGAAGCUGGAUUCUUAUGUGACUCUGGUGAUGUGGGUGUUGUCACUCCCUUCUGUGCUAAUAGAUGCCCAGGGUAGUCCCAAACCACAGGCCUGCUGGGCUCCUCCCCGUGAAGGGAGACCUCUUUUUCCCAAAGGCCAUUCGGAUGUGAGCAGGAGUUGCCGUGUGGGUUCUUCCCCCACGGCCUAGGCUUUCUUAUGUUACCCUGGCUCCCAUCUUGCCUUGGAGUUGUGAGUGCCGGGCCUUUGUGCUAUAAAUCUCUGCCUCUCCCAUACAGCCAGCCCCUGUCCUUCCCUAUUGCACCUUCCCACCCCCACCCCCCCCGCCACAAUUAAGAUUUUCCAGUUAACUCUUCCUCCUCAUCAAUCUCAAAAGCCUUUUUAAAAAUGGGUUUCUUUUUGCACCUUUAUUUUCCCCAAUCCAACAGUGGGGAAAAAACCACCAACUCAUUCUGGAAUUCUUUUGAGGGCAGGAGGACAGAAACUCACAUAGGCUAGCAAGGAAAGCGAAAGAUGUUAUUUUGUUUUUCUGAUUCCUGCCGUCCUUUGUCGCACAGUUCAAAGUUCCGGCCCCAAAGCUGAGCAGACAGCAAAUACCUUGUUUAAUUUUCUCCUCCUUCUCACGAGGCUACGGUCCCCACUGAGAUUUCUCGGGGUACCCCAAUGACAUAAUGAAGGGCAGCAAGGGAUGCUGGCCCAAAAUAAAAGCCGUCUGAGGCUUCUCUACUCACAUGCUUGAGCCACUCCGUUCUUUCCAGGGUUGUGAAAUGCUCCAUCAAAUCAGCCUUCAAUUGCAAUAUCACAUUCGAAUCCCGGGUGUUCCCUUCCUCUGCCCUGCUGGGUCAAAAAUGGUGACUACAUGGAGGGACGACGGCACUUUUUGUUUACAGUAUGCAGUUUUGUAGAUAUAAAUUAUUUCUGUUAAUCCUGUCUAUAAUGCUCCUUUUAAACCUGUUUUUAAUGAAUCUUGACGGAAACCAUGUGAAUUUAUUUAUCAGCAUUUUUACAGAGCUAUAGUCCUUAUGUCUCUCUCUUUUUUUACAAUAAAAAAGAAUUUCUAUUUU